AUGAAUAUUAUGGACCAUUCUCUACCAUGGUCCUUGCUCCUCCUUGGUCUUUUUAUGGGGCCAGGCACUUCCAGAGAGGACUUGGCUUCCCUAGUGGUAACUGGGACCCUAGGGGGGUCUGUAACUCUAUCCCUGCAGCUGCUGUCUGAACAGCAGGUAGAGAGCAUCUUAUGGACUUCCCUGGUCCCCAUGGCGAUCGCCAAUGUAACCAUGGUAGAAGCUGGAGGGCCAGACACCUUUUACCAGGCGGAAACCCGGUACUGGAGUUGCUUGAGUGUUGUAGGCCCAGGCCACUCCCUGCAGAUCAGCAACCUGAGUUGGGAGGAUGCAGGGCCCUAUCGGGCACACAUUAACCUGAGGAGUUCCUGCAUUACCCCCACCUGGGAGUACCAUCUGCAAGUCUAUAAGCAGCUGGCCUGGCCUCCCAUCACACUGAGAUCCAGCAUGGGUGAGAAUGGACACUGCAUCAUCAUCCUGACAUGUGUGACAGAAAGCAGAGAAGGCACUGUGACCUACAGCUGGACAUCCCUGGGACCACAGACUAUUGUGUCCCAUGGGGGGUCUGUCCUCAGUGUCUCCUUGAGACCAGGGGACAGUACUCUGACCUUUACCUGCAUGGUCAGGAACCCGGUCAGUAACAGCAGCUCCCAUCUGGUCUUGGUGCCACGCUUCUGCACAGAGAGGCUGCAGGAGCCCAAUAUAACUGCCAGCUCCCGGAUCAUGAGGGAUGGGACCUGCUCCGUCAUGCUGGCCUGCUCCCAGGAACAAGCUGGGGAGGAUGUUCAGUAUAACUGGGACUCCCAUGUUCAGGGGGCAGUUGUGUCCCAUGGAGGAACCAGUCUCACUGUGUCCUGGAGAUCUGGGGACAGUGACAGCUACCGCUGCACUGUCAGGAACCCUGUCAGCCAGAACUCCAGCUCCAUCCCAGCCAAACCCCUCUGCUCAGGUAAUGGCUUCCUUCCGUGA